GAAAGAUAUGCUCCUUAGAUCAACCAAUGGCAGCUCAAGCUGUUCUGCUCAAGGGAAAGAGAAGUAAUAUUAGACAGGCAUUUAUUGCAUGUUGAAAUCUAAUGUUCCUGUGGCUAUGGAUUUUCUCACAGGUAUUUAGUAUGUGUGUGUGUAUAUGUUCUGAUUCCUGCCCAAUUGUUUUCAUCUUCUCUAUCUCUUCAUUCCUCUUUUUUGGCUUUUAGUUAGCCAAAUUGCUAUGAGUAGGAGGUUGUAUCUAAGCCAUUUAUCUUGGACUAGACCUUCCUCCCCAUGAUGAAGAACCUCUCUGUUCCAGCUACUGCUAUAUAUAUGUAUAUAUAUGAGCAGCUCUGCAGCCAAAACCAAGUGAUCCAAGCUCUGUCUCUUCUUGGACAAACCCCUCUUAUGUUCUUCAACACUCUUAGUUUUCCAUUUGUGCUCUCAAAUCUGGCUCAUCAGAAGUCUUGAAGUUUCAGCCUGUGUAGACACUGUUUUCUCAGUUAGUUCUCCUUUUAUCCAGCAUUUUGUUUUCACUCUAUUUAAGAACACAUUUGCUGAGGAUCUUUCUCUCUUCAACACUUGUGUGCGAUCACUAGUUCUACAGCAGCUUCUCCAAUAGUUGUUGUUCUUAUGACGAUUAUGCAAAGAAGAAUCGAAAAUAAGCGAUCAACCGCAGGGGAGUUUACUACGGGCAAUCAGCAUGAUUCUCCAAUCCUGCAACUAAAGCUCUAUGGGCCACCCAUGGCGUCAAAUCUCAAGCAGGUCUGGGUUCCCGGCCCCCUGAUCGUAGGAGCUGGACCUUCAGGUCUUGCCACAGCUGCGUGCCUCAAAGACAGAGGUGUCCCUUCUCUGAUACUCGAGAAAGAGACUUGCAUCGCCCCUUCGUGGAAGCUCAGGACCUACGAGCGCCUGAGGCUUCAUCUCCCCGGGCAGUACUGCGAGCUCCCCUUCAUGGCCUUCCCACCAGACUUGCCGACGUACCCCACCAAGCAGCAGUUCGUAAGCUACUUGGAUGCCUACGUCGAACACUUCGACAUCAAACCAUUGUUCGGCGUGGAGGUUGGGCACGCCGAGUAUGAUCCGAGCACUGGGUUCUGGCGAGUGCAGACGAACGACUUGGAGUUCAUAUGCCGGUGGCUCGUCGUUGCGACGGGGGAGAAUGCAGAGGCUGUGUGGCCAGAUAUCCGCGGGAUCUCAAAGUUUCGUGGACGGGUGCUGCACACCAGCUGCUACGUGAAGGGAGAUGACCACCGGGGAGAGAAGGUUUUGGUGGUGGGCUGUGGCAAUUCAGGCAUGGAGGUUGGUUUGGACCUCUGUUACAAUGAUGCUAAGGUUUCCAUGGUGGUUAGAGAUAAGUUGCACAUCUUGCCGAGGGAAUUACUUGGGAUCUCAACGUUUGGACUCUCCAUGUUCCUGCUAAAGUGGAUUCCCGUUGAAGCUGCAGAUGCUUUCCUCCUGUUUUGCGCGAGGCUGAUACUGGGAGAUACAGGGAAAUAUGGGAUAAAGCGUCCUAAGGUUGGGCCACUGGAGCUCAAGAGCACCACCGGCAAGACCCCAGUAUUGGACAUCGGCACUUUGGCCAAGAUUAAAAGCGGCCAAAUUAAGGUUGUCCCUGACGUGAAGCAGUUCACAGAUACAGGGGUCGACUUCGUGGAUGGUACGCAUGAGGACUUCGAUUCCAUCAUCUUAGCAACAGGCUACAGAAGCAGCGUCACUUCCUGGCUCAAGGAGGAGAAGGACGAGGAGUUCUUCAGUCAGAAGAAUGGCUUCCCGGGGACUUCGUUCCCUAAUAGCUGGAGAGGAAACAAUGGCCUGUAUGCCACUGGUUUCACCAGGAGAGGAUUGCUGGGAGCUGCCAUGGAUGCCCAGAAGAUAGCACAGGAUAUUUCCAACCACUGGAGCUGUAGAUCUUAGUUGUAACUCAAAGAUCACGUAGCCUUGUACUCCAUGUAUGAUAAUAUUUAUCACGUCCUUGGUUUGUUUCUUUCUCUGUAUAGAUUGAUUGAUACAGCCAAACAGAGGGGAUA